AUGGCCGGCGGAGCUCUUCCUCAGGCGCUGGUGCUGCUGCUGGUGGUGAUCGGCGCAACCACGGCGGCACCCGCUCCGGGUGUACCUGUCGCCCACAACGAGGACGAAGACUUGGACACAGCGCAGCUCCUGAGGAAGUACGGCUACCCGGUGGAAGAGCACUUCGUGACGACGGGGGACGGCUACAUCCUGCGCAUGUUCCGCGUGCCGUCCAGCCCCAAGGCGAGUGGAGGCUCCAGCUUCCCCAUCCUCGUGAUGCACGGACUGCUCGCCAGCUCCGCAGACUGGGUCAUCAUGGGUCCUGGCAAGGGCUUCGCGUAUGUACUGGCUGAUGCUGGCUUCGACGUGUGGAUGGGAAAUUCACGGGGAAACGUCUACUCCAGGAACCACACGACCAUUAACCCCGACGACGACAGCUUCUGGCAGUUCAGCUGGCACGAGAUGGGCGACUACGAUCUGCCAGCGAUGAUCGACUACGUCCUCGCUGAGACGGGCCAGUCAGACAUAUUCUACGCCGGCCACUCGCAAGGCACCACCUCCUUCUACGUGAUGGCCUCCCUGCAUCCAGAAUACAACGACAAGAUCCGCGUCAUGUUCAGUCUGGCGCCAGUGGCCUACAUGAACCACAUGACGAGUCCGUUGCUGCAGUUCAUAUCGCUGUUUGUCGACCAACUGGAGUUUCUCGCCGGCUUAAUAGGCAUGAACGAGUUUCUGCCGAACAGUGAGCUGAUGCAGCUGGUGGGAGAUAUAAUGUGCCAAGAUGGAGCCUUCACGCAGGACAUAUGCAGCAACGUAAUUUUCCUUCUUGGAGGCUACAAUGAGGCUGAGUUGAACACGACCAUGCUGCCAGUGAUCAUGGCCCAUACUCCAGCGGGAUCUUCAAGCAAGCAGCUCAUCCACUACGGACAGGAGAUACGGAGUGGACACUUCCGCCAGUACGAUCAUGGCAUGAUCGGCAAUACGCUAGAGUACGGCAGCAUUUCACCUCCGGACUACGAUCUGAGCAAGGUCACCGCCAAGGUGGUGCUGCACUAUAGUAACAACGAUUGGUGCGCCGGUGUCAAGGACGUGGACAGACUGUACGAGGAGCUGCCCAAUUGUAUAGGCCGCUUCCUCGUGGCCGAGGACUCAUUCAGCCACCUGGACUUCAUGUGGGCGAUUCACGCCAAGGAGCUCGUCUACGACAAGGUCGUCUCACUCAUGAACCAGUAUCUGUGA